AUGGAGGACAGCCACUUUCGACACAGCAUCUCUCACCACCCUUCACCCUUCAACCCCCACACCCUACACUCGCACAUCCCCCGAGACCGAGCCUCAUCGGCCUUGAGCUUGAACGCGGCCACCAGCACAGCUCUCGAUCCCUCUGAGCAGACACAACCACACAACUCCCAGCACCGCACGAACCCAAGCAGCGAUGAAGAAGGCCAGCCACCGCCCCGAUACACCCCGGAAAACGAUCCCUUCCAGCUCGCCUCGAAGCUGAAAACCGCCGAGGAGAUCCGCCAGAUCCAACCGGUAGCCAACACCUCGCGCAAACGCGAUGCCUCCUCCUCCUCCUCCGCCGCUGCAGGAAUCAAACUCCGCAGCCGCAACGCCAUCUCCAACACCCUCGCCUCGCGCCAACUGCAGGGCUUCUACAAGGCACAGAACGAGAACAUCGAGCGCAUGCUCAAACCCGUCGAGGAACACGUCCGCGCCGCGCGCGAACUCAACAGCAACAACGCCCUCCGCUACCGCAUCGCCGUCUACGGCUCCUUCGCCGCCAACGUCGUCCUCUCCGUCCUCCAGCUCUACGGCGCCAUCUCCUCCGGCUCCCUCUCCCUCUUCACAACCAUGGCCGACGCCAUCUUCGACCCCUGCUCCAACCUCACCCUCCUCCUCUGCAACCAGGCCGUCAACCGCGUCGACCCCCGCAAGUUCCCAGCAGGCAAGGCCCGCAUCGAAACAGCAGGCAACAUCUGCUUCUGCUUCCUCAUGACGGCCGUCUCCUUCAUCCUCAUCGCCUUCUCCAUCCGCGAGCUGGUCGAGGGCUCCGACGCCGCCACGGGCUCCUUCCACCUCCCCUCCGUCAUCGCCGUCGUCGUCGCCUUCUGCACCAAACUCGCCCUCUUCCUGUAUUGCUGGGCCCUCCGCAACCAGGUCUCCCAGAUCCGAAUCCUCUGGGAAGACCACCGCAACGACCUCCUCAUCAACGGCUUCGGUAUCCUCACCUCCGUCGGCGGCAGUAAACUGCGCUGGUGGAUCGAUCCCAUGGGCGCCAUUCUCCUCUCCGUCCUCAUCAGCGUCCUCUGGCUGCAUACCGCCUACCAUGAGUUCCAGCUGCUCAUCGGCGUCACCGCCGAUACCAAGAUGCAGCAGCUCAUCACUUAUAUCUCUAUGACUCAUUCCCCCUACAUCACCGCCAUCGAUACCGUCCGCGCGUAUACGUCCGGCCCCCGGCUGCUCGUCGAAGUCGACAUCGUCAUGGCCCCCGAGGAGUCCCUGCGUGCGACCCACGACGUCGCCGAGGAGCUGCAGAUGAAGCUCGAGUCGUUGCCCGAUGUGGAGCGGGCUUAUGUCCAUGUCGACUAUGAGACGACGCACAAGCCGGAGCAUUUCUUGAAGAAGGAGCUAUAG